AACGGACCCAUAGCCAAUCAAAGCCCCUCCCCUUCUUUUCACUCUCCCCGAUAGCAAUAUCCUUUUCCUCUGCGCUGCUCUUUUUCCAGCGACUCCAGCCCAAAAGCCGAGCAACUUCACCUCAUACUCAGUUGCAACACGCUAUACAGCCACCUCUCCUUCCAUUUUCAACCUGUUUUGCAUGUAAAAGAGAGAGAAAGCGGGAGAGAGAUUUCGACUGCUGCAAAUCGCCCAUUGCUAUCGAGCUCUUUAUGGUGUUUUCGGCGAACUGAUCGCCCGAGUUCAUCCAUUGCUCCAACAAGUCAGAAUCUAAAUUAGAGUCUCUUCCUUUUUUAAUCAUUUUUACUAUAUAUUCAAGAAGCUGAACAAAGCAGCAGAUACACAAGCGAAGAAGAGUAGCAUGAACAUUUCUGCAAGAAUUGCAGAAAGAUUGUCACUUGUUGCUGCCCGACCGUGCUUUCGAGGUGCUCUUUAAAUACAAUCGUCAGUCUCUCUCUCUCUCGAUUUUCUUCUUCGGGGUGUUCCUGAAAUUGAGUUUGUGCCAUCUUUGAAGCGGAAAAAGAAAUUGGGAUUUGGGUUUCCGAGGAAAAUGGCUUGGAGUCUGGAAAAAUGCGAUAUGGACGUUAAGAACAAAUUGGGGGCAGUUCGGCCUGCCACUAAAUUGUACGCUGAGGAGGCAGUUGAAGCUCUUAAAGCUGGAAAUGUUAUUGCAGUGCCUACAGAUACUCUCUAUGGAUUUGCUUGCGAUGCUUGCUCUCUGCAUGCAGUUAAUAGGAUUUAUAAGAUCAAAGGACGGAAGCAUACAAGCCCUCUUGCAAUCUGUGUUGGGGAUGUAUCAGACAUACAGCAUUUUGCAGUCACUGACCACUUGCCUCAUGGCUUACUUGAUUCUCUUCUCCCAGGGCCUGUUACUGUUGUAUUAAGUAGAGGGGAGGCAAGUGCACUGGAGAAGUCCUUGAAUCCAGGAUUAGACACUGUGGGAAUCCGAGUGCCUGAUUGUAAUUUCAUGAGGUUAAUUGCUCGUGGUUUGGGACGAGCUGUGGCCCUCACGAGUGCAAACCUUAGUGGGCAGCCAAGUAGUGUUAGCAUCAAGGAUUUUGAGAACCUAUGGGAACAUUGUGCAUAUGUCUAUGAUGGGGGUCUGCUUCCAUCUGGUCGUGCAGGAUCAACAGUUGUGGACCUCAGCAGGCUAGGAAAGUAUAAAAUUCUUAGACCUGGAAGUGCAAGGGAAGAGACAGUAGCGGUCCUUGAAAAGCAUUGCCUAGUUGAGGGAGGGACGACUACCUGAAGUUGGAAGAGGUGUUAUAGUUUUGUACUGAUUUAUUGCAUUUUCUAGUUAGGGAAAUGAUAACUAUUUCCUUGUGCAUGGGCGAACCAUGUGCAUCAAUUGUAUUUUUUUUUGAACUUGGUUUAUUUGGAUAUUAGCUUAGGUUCUCAAGUUCUAUUGAACUUGUUCUUUCUUUUUUUAGAUAGAGUCUUACUUGAUAAUUCCUGAAGAAGUAAUUCAAUGGAAUGAAAUGUUGAUUUCUGUAUCAUUUUUGCUGAUGAAUGACAGCUAUAGGGUGGUAUUGUUUAUCUAA